GAUAAUCUAAUUCAGGAAAUAGUAAAUGCCUUUGAGUACCGUUAUUUGUGCAAUGUUUCGGCGUUAUUUGAACUCGUUCAAGAAAAAAGGAUCGCGUUACAUUGCGUGGAACAUAUUGUUUCUUUUGGGUUUCGGAUUAUGGAUAGCUCUGUGCAUAAGUAACAUGCAUCACGUCGACGAUUCGACGAAGGAGGAAGCUGCGUUAUUUUGUUUCCAAAAUUCCACCCUUGGAAUUGAAUACAAUGCGUCGGUGAUAACAGAAGCGAUGGAGGAGAUGUUACACGUUACAACAGUAAAUUACGCGUUGCACAAUUUGAUAGUAAUUGUAAGAACUGUGCUCCAGUACGUCCAGGUGUUUGUGUCCAUGUCGUUCAUGAUACUUUUUGCUUGUUCAAAUGAGUAUGUGAGAAAAAUAACACGAGCUUGGAACAAUGUUUGUCUCUCGAUUUACGAUGAGGACUCAUAAUAAGAACGUUGAUAAAAAUGGUUGUACUAUUUCGGAGUCAAAACACAAUGGAAAUUCUGAA